CUUCCGGCCCCGGCGGCCGCGAUGGAGGCGGCGCCGCGCGUCUCCUUCGGGGUGGUCGCGGACAUCCAGUACGCAGACGAGGAGGACGGCUGCGACUUCUUAGGGCGCCGGCGGCGGUACUACCGGCACAGCCUGCGCCUGCUGCGGGCCGCCGUGGAGGCGUGGGCAGCCGAGCAGCCGCCGCUCGCCUUCGUGCUGCAGCUGGGCGACUGCAUCGACGGCGUCAACGCGCGGCGCGGCGCGGCCGAGGGCGCUCUGGAGCGGGUGCUGGCGGCGCUGCGGCGGCUGCCGGUGCCGGUGCACCACGCCUGGGGCAACCACGAGCUCUACAACUUUUGCCGGAACCGCCUGGCAAGCAGCGGCCUCAACAGCCGCCCCGCCGCCGCCCCCGCCGCCGGGCCGCCCGCGGGGCCGCCCGGGGACUGCCAUGCCUACCACUUCAGCCCGGCCCCGCGCCUCCGCUUCGUCCUGCUCGACGGCUACGACCUGAGCGUGCUGGGCAGGGACCCGGUCAGCCCCCGUCACCGGGAGUCCUUGCGGCGGCUGAGGGAGAAGAACCCCAACGAGAACCUCAACAGCCCGGCAGGGCUCAAAGAACCCCAGUUUGUAGAGUUUAAUGGAGGAUUUAGCCAAACCCAGCUGGACUGGUUCGAUGAAGUUCUCAAGUUCUCUGAUGAAAAUCAAGAAAAAGUUGUAGUUACGGGUCAUCUGCCCAUUCAUCCAGAUGCUUCAGACAAAGUUUGUUUAGCCUGGAAUUACGAAGAUGCGCUUUCAGUCAUACACUCUCAUCAAUGUGUCGUCUGCUUUCUUGCAGGACACCUGCAUGAUGGUGGCUAUUGUUUAGACUCACAUGGUGUUCAUCAUCUGACUUUGGAGGGGAUUAUUGAGACUCCACCAGAAAGCAAUGCCUUUGGAACUAUUUAUGUCUAUGAUGAUAAAAUGGUAUUAAAGGGAAGGGGCAGAAUUUCAGACAGAGUUAUGUAUUUCUAAAAAUGGAUCAGUGAUGAUGGAGCAUGGUUACUGUCUCUGGGUUGCUGCAUGGGUUCUGCUUUCCAGGACCAGAAAUUCUGCGAGUUGUGACAGUGACUAUGUCUGCUGAUGGCAGUCGAGCAUGCAUCUCACAGAAAAUAAAGAAGUUUUCACUGGAUUUUCUUUAGAAAAAUAGGAUUUACUACUUUGUCAAAACAGUAAUUACAAUUAAAGAUAAUAAAAACAUUGA